GACCCAAGAAGCCACUCAUCCCCAUUUCCCUCCUCAAAACACUUUUAUAUUCCAUUCAAUAAACCAAUAUCCCAUCUUUAUUUCAUCUAAAUUUCCUCUCUUUUCCUUAAUUUCUCUCUCUAACCACAAUAUAAUGGUGGUCUUGUCCAAACCCGAACACUUCCCUUUCCUUAAAAACUGCAAUGCAAACAACUUACUCUACGAGAUUCCUCUAAUAGACCUGUCGAGGCCGGAGUCGAUGACCGAAAUCGUCAAAGCCUGCGAGGACUUUGGCUUCUUCAAAGUCAUCAACCAUGGCGUUCCAAUGGAUUUCAUCAGGAGAUUGGAAUCCGAAGCCGUGGAAUUCUUUUCCCUCCCGCUUUCUGAGAAAGAAAAGGCAGGGCCACCCAGCCCUUUUGGCUACGGAAACAAGCAGAUUGGACGGAAAGGCGACAUGGGUUGGGUCGAAUACCUACUCUUAACCACCAACCCGGACUUCAUUUCCCAAAAACUCUCGUCGAUUUUCGGAGAAUCCGAAAACCCAGAUAAGCUUCGUGCUGCUUUGAACGAAUACAUAUCGGCGGUGAGGAAAAUGGCGUGUGAGAUUCUGGAACUGAUGGCAGAUGGGUUGAAGAUUCAGCCGAGGAAUGUGUUCAGUAAGCUUCUGAUGGACGAGGAGAGUGAUUCUGUUGUGAGGUUGAAUCAUUACCCGCCAUGUCCGGAAUUGGAAAGAGUCGGGAGUGGGAAUGGGAAUAGAAAAGUGAUUGGGUUUGGAGAGCACACAGACCCACAGAUCAUAUCGGUGCUGAGAUCCAACAACACGAGUGGACUCCAGAUUUCAUUGAGAGAUGGUAGUUGGGUUUCAGUCCCACCUGACCAAGACUCUUUUUUCAUCAAUGUCGGCGACUCUCUUCAGGUGAUGACAAACCGCAGGUUCCAAAGUGUAAGGCACAGGGUUAUAGCGAACAGCUUGAAAUCUAGAGUGUCAAUGAUUUAUUUUGGGGGACCACCAUUGUGCGAGAAAAUAGCUCCAUUGCCUUGUCUCAUGGAUGGAGAGGAAAGCUUUUACAAAGAAUUCACUUGGUUUGAGUUUAAAAAAUCGGUUUUCAACUCAAAUUUGGCCGAUAAUAGGCUUGGACACUAUGAGAAGUUUGCAGCCUCAUAACGCAGCUACAUAAAUUAGAAAAAUGCCUUAAUUAAAUACGUCAUAAAAAAAUAGUAUAAUCAAAUUUCCUAUAGAUGGAGUAAUUUGUGGUUUUUUUUUUUUUUUUUUUUUUUUU